GGUGCUGCGCAGGCGGGGUAGGGGGACAAGAUGGCGGCGUCCUUGUUGUGCUGGGCCCUGAGGGCCGCUCGCCAUGUUCUCCCAAGCCAAACGCGGAGCUACUACGUGGACUGGAGGAUGCUGCGAGACGUGAAGAGAAGGAAGAUGGCCUACGAGUACGCGGACGAGCGGCUGAGGAUCAACGCCAUCCGUAAGAACUCCAUCCUGCCCAAGGAGCUGCAGGAGGUGGCUGAUAGAGAGAUCGCUGCCUUGCCCCGGGACAGCUGCCAUGUGAGGAUCCACAAUAGGUGCGUCCUGACAUCCCGCCCUCGGGGGGUGAAGCGGCGUUGGAGGCUCAGCAGGAUUGUGUUCCGCCACUUUGCUGACCACGCUCAGAUGUCUGGGAUACAGAGAGCCAUGUGGUAGAUCACCAUAUGGAUAUACAUCCAGGCAGGAAAUACAAGACAGGCUUACAAGUUCAAUUCAAACAGAGUCCUGUGUGUAAGUCCAGCAUCAAACUGAUGCAGGAAGGAUGAGAAGCCAAACCGACUCAUUGACUGGAUUGUGAUUGGUACAAGCAGCAGCAUAACCGCACUAAGGCAGUCUGUAUAAGAGGCAGUUUUAUUUUGAGGGGGGGAAAAACAAUAAAUCACACUGUUGCAGAACUGAGCUGAGGUCUGUGAUGUGGAAAACAUUUAAAAUAAAGACAUAUAGCAAAGGC